CUGGGUUGUUGGCUUCUACUUUGUUCUGUUCGGCUCCUUUUCAUGAUAUGGAGGCCAGACCGCCAGAAAACACUGAUACUAACACCUCUGCCUCACCCACAAAUACCGUGCUGGAUGCACGAGCCAACUUUUUCCAAAGACAUCCAGCCAUUGCCCAUUUCACAGUGUUAGCACUGUUUUUGACACCACUUGCUACGGUGCCAUAUUUGCUGUCCAAGAGACGUAUCUCCGCUCUAUCCAGAAGGUUGGACGAACUCUCAGCCACAACCACUGCUUUACGGAAGGAAUUAAAGGCUUCUGCGGCUGAGAAUGCCACACGGAAGGUGGAAUUACAUCGCACCUCAGCCUCACUUGAGGCUGCAAGGUUGGAACUCAUUCAACUGCGCCGCAGCCUCAAACAGCUUCGUACGGAACACGAUGCGUCAGAGAUAACGACACGGAACGCUCUGAAGCAGCUUCUUGAAGAGAGAAAGCUGACCAGCGAACGCCUGGCACUUCUCCCACAGCUGGGCACUUCACUGGCUGAUGUCGCCGCAUUCAUGUACGAAGUAGAGUUACAUCACGGUAUUACGCCAAGCGUCAUUGAUGGUCAUGGUGUGGAAAGGCUUCGCCGACUUGCACUCAAAUUCCAGAUAGCGCAGUCGGAGAGGCCAAGGUAGCCACCUACAAUCGUCAACCACGUACCCCUACUUCAGUGGGGAUAAUCGUGAGAUGGUUCCAGAGUUGAUUAUGAUGGACUAGGAAGUUUGGAUAACUGUAUGAUACAUCUCACGGUGUACCGAUAUCUGAGUGCAUUGCAGUGCUGUAUCAUGUAUAUAUAUCGCGGGCCACGCCAGUACUUGCAAGGUCGAGUAAACCCGUUACAACGUUAUAUCCUGAUCUUUGAUUUUGAUUACAACAACGGCAAAGCAUUUCCAAAACUCUACC